UCCCUCACAGGCAGUAUCCUCUCUUCCUUUGGCCACAGUAGUUGCUGAGAAGACAGAGCAGCCUCAGCCAAUCAGCUCCCAGGGAGACAGAGAGACCAUGACAUCACUGGGGGGCGCCAAGCUCUUCUUCUGCAUCCUCUUCGUCACCUACUGCUGCACAGUGACGUUUUCCCAGAUUCCCUCGGACUGCUGCUUGGAAGUCGGAAACAAUUUUAUCAACAAACAGAAUGUUGUCGACUACUUUCAUCAGAUCAGCGGACACGGCUGCGCUAUAGACGCCACGAUCUUGGUCAACAGACAAGACAGAAAGUUCUGUUUCCCCUCCGACCAGCCGUGGGUCCAUGAAGUGGUGAAGCACGUGGUCGCCCUGAAGAAACACUGCAAGAGACACGGGUACAAGCCACCACCCUGCAAAAAAGUGAAGCAGAAGUGAACACCACAGCGACCUUUGACCCCUUCAGCCCCAGACGCAGCCGGAGAGGACCACGGCGGGUCAGGGAAGAGGAGAAAGGGAUCGAACAGCCCUAUGACUAAAGAGAGCUUUACCUUUUCUUCCAUUAUAUUUAUACAACAUUUUUGAUUCACAAUGAAAUAGAAACAUUCCUGAAGGGUAUUUGUAUAUUUUGUUAAAGAUAUUUCUUUUUUAAUAACCCAAGAAUAUGAACGUUUGUAAAAGUAAGUUGUCUCUAACUACAUUAACUACUCAGGCAACCGCAGUUUGAUUUUUUAUGUGGAUUUUUUUACGGGGAUUAUUGAUUUUUUUCUAAAAUAAAGCUUGGUUUCUUUCUGAAUCUUAA